AUGAAUCUUCUCAGUGGAAUCAUAUUUUUAAAUAUAAUAUCGUGUGUAGUAUCUUUAAAUUUGGACUACUUGGAUCCAGUUAAGUUACAAACGAAGACUUCGCCUGAACAGCAACAGACACUCGCUUCUACGAUAAUAAGCAAAUACUAUAGUAAUGUGAAAGUCGAUAUCAACCCUUUAUUAUUCAACGAUCAUAAAGAUGUGUUCGCGUUGCGCACUGUUAACGGACAGCUUCAGAUACGAGCUAGCACUGGUGUCGCGGCCGUAUGGGGAUUCAAUUAUUAUUUGAAAAAAUAUUGUAAAAGCCAAAUCGCAUGGCAAGUUCAACAGGUGUCCAUACCAAAUCCUCUACCUGAAGUCGACGAAGUUGUUAUCGCAAACGACAGAUUUCGUUAUUAUCAAAAUGUUUGCACGGAGUCUUAUAGUUUCGUCUGGUGGACUGAAGACUGGACACCACACGUUGAAUGGAUGGCUUUAAAUGGAAUCAAUUUGGCGCUGGCACCCUUCGCCCAAGAGGCUGUUUGGGCCAAGAUUUAUAAGCAAUUAGGCAUGUCUCAAGAUGAAAUUGACGAACAUUUCACUGGACCGGCUUUCCUCGCUUGGCUUCGAAUGGGUAACCUCCAUGGAUGGGGAGGACCUCUGCCGAAGUCAUGGCUCCAAUCACAGAAGGACAUUCAAGACACAGUCGUCGAUUAUAUGUUUCGGCUUGGAAUGGUGCCUGUGUUUCCUGCAUUUAAUGGUCACGUGCCAAGAGCAUUUGAAAAGAUCUUCCCGAAUAUUACAUUAUAUAAUGUACAAAAAUGGAACAAAUUCAGUGAUGACUAUUGUUGUAAUUAUUUCAUGGACCCCAAGGAACCACAAUUUAAGGUAAUAGGCAAAAUGUUUUUAAGGGAAAUUACGGCUGAGACCGGUAGCGCUCAUAUUUAUACAGCAGACCCGUUCAAUGAAAUUAAAAUUGAGCCGUGGUCGACUUCAUUAGUUCAAGAAACCGCUAAAUCAAUCUAUUCGACUCUAACAGAAUUCGAUAAUAACGCCGUGUGGCUUCUACAAAAUUGGAUGUUCGUUCACAAUCCCCUGUUGUGGCCUCUUAAAAGAGUGCAGUCAUUUCUCACAUCAGUUCCUAGUGGACGGAUGCUGUUGCUUGAUCUACAAGCAGAACAAUGGCCACAGUAUGAAUUGUACAAAAUGUAUUACGGUCAGCCUUUCAUAUGGUGUAUGCUCCACAAUUUUGGUGGUACACUGGGAAUGUUCGGGAACAUGGAAACUAUCAACAAAGAUGUUUACGAAGCGAGAUAUCUUGAAAACUCCACUAUGAUUGGCAUAGGUCUCACACCAGAAGGUAUCAAUCAGAACUAUGUAGUUUACGAUUUGAUGUUAGAAUCGGCAUGGCGCAAAAAGCCUGUGGAGGAUUUAGAAGUGUGGGUGGGCGAUUACGCCGAACGACGAUAUGGAUGCAAUGUCACCACAAGCGCGUGGAGAUAUUUACUGAAGAGUGUAUACAAUUUCAAAGGUCUUAACCGAAUGAGAGGUAAAUACGUAGUAACUCGGCGACCAAGUUUUAAUAUACGACCUUGGGCUUGGUACAGAGGCCAUGAUUUGUUUGAAGCAUUUAAAGCACUUGCAUUCGUCGAUAAUGGUGUUUGCAACUCCCCCGGCUUUUUUCAUGACCUAGUCGAUGUAACAAGACAGGCUUUACAAUACAGAGCUGAACAACUAUACUUAAGUUUGCAAAAGGAUCGAUACUCAAAUGAGAUGGUGUUUAAAUUUUCAAUUGACCGCUUUUUAGAUGUGAUGAGCGAUAUGGAAAACAUAUUGGCUACAAAUUCCGACUUUACUAUCACAAAAUGGUUAAACGACGCCAAACAACGAGCAUCGACAAACGAGGAGAGGUAUUUGUACGAACUGAAUGCUCGUAACCAAAUAACGUUGUGGGGGCCCAAUGGUGAGAUCUCCGAUUAUGCUUGUAAGCAAUGGGCUGAGCUAUUCCAUUAUUACUAUCGUCCAAGAUGGGCCAGAUUUUUACAAAUCGCGCUAAGCGCGAAGACGAGAAACGAAACAUUUGACGAAACGAGCGUUCAACGUAUAGUACGAUCUUCUGUAGAGGAGGCUUUUCUCACAACAAACAUCGACACCCUAAAUUCUAAUGAUACUCAGGUAGUAGCAGCAGCUUUAUAUGAAAAGUGGGCGUUCGUUUCCGGUCUGGACGAUUUACCGGAAAAAGUUAUAGGGCCAGAUAAAAACAAGAGAACCACAAUAGCCGACAUUUCAAGAGAUAGCGAUGAAUCUAGCGAUUUCGUUCCGUCAGUUACAUUGCUCCAUCUUACAACACCUACUAAU